AUGUCCUUGGAUGACCAGUCAAGGGUUGAAGUGCUGGGGGCAUCUGGGCCCCUUCCUAUCAACAAGGCCACAGGCAACACCACCAGAAAUUACCACUUUCAUAGAAGCCACCUCUGGGCCUGGGGCAACUCAGAGCAACAUAAAAGCCAGCCCAACUUCAUGCUGCUCAUCCACUUCUCCUGCCUCUGUCUCCUUGGGACCCAGGUGCAUCUCCAGCCCCAAGCCAUGUCCUGCUACACCCCGUGCCGGCCCUGCCAGCCCUGUGGCCCCACCCCGCUGGCCAACAGCUGCAAUGAGCCCUGUGUCAGGCAGUGCCAGGACUCCCAUGUGGCCAUCCAGCCCUCACCUGUGGUGGUGACCCUGCCUGGCCCCAUCCUCAGCUCCUUCCCACAGAACACUGUGGUGGGAUCCUCCACUUCUGCUGCUGUUGGCAGCAUCCUCAGCUGUGAUGGAGUGCCCAUCAACUCUGGGGGCUUUGACCUCUCCUGCAUCACCAACCGCUACAGUGGCAGCAGAUGCCGUCCGUGAUAAAGCCCCUGGUGCAGCCCUCAUGAGGACCCCCAGGAACCCAGAAGCUGAUGCUGGACUGAGGACAGAGCUCCUGGCCAUCAAAUUCAGAGGUGCUGAGCAACCAAUGCUGCCCUUCUGAAGGAGGGCAGGUGGGGCUCUCUGAAACCAUGGCCACUGUUUGCUUUCCUUGCAUUACCCUCUCUCCCCCACCUCUCUCUUGCUUCCAUACUUCUGGACUGUAAGACUUUCAGAGCCUCUCUGGGGAAUCUGCUAACCCCUGCCCAUGGUGGGGCAGGCAAAUGGAUGCCCUGUUGGCUCUCUAGUGGCUCUCUCUGUGCCAA